AUAGCCAAGUAUCAAGGAUGCUCUUUGAGUUCCUACUGCCCAUGAUUUGUUGGUCGGCUAUGUUUAUCCUGCUAGACUCAUAUUUACUUAGGCGAUUCGUCUGUGCCUUAAAAAGGCAUUCGUUGGACAGUGUUUUAAAACGAGUUAUCAAUGUACGAACGGAAUACAAACAUCGUAGUGGAAAAUCGGUCAAAGAAAAACUUGAAGAAAAUACUAAUAUCCAUGAGAAAGAAAAUCUGGCCCAGCCGGGUAGACCGCAGGAGCGCACUGAGAAGAAAAAAGACUGCGUAGUCCUAAAGAACAUCGUCAAACGUUAUGGCAAGAAAAUCGUUAUAAAUAACAUCUCAGUGGCUGUUUCUCAGGGGGAAUGUUUCUGUUUUCUGGGCAGGGAAAAAUCUGGCAAAUCCACGAUACUCAAUAUUCUGACGGGACACACAUGUCCAACAAGUGGGGAGAUUCUCAUUGGUACUCAAACAAUUAUGGCGGCCGUCAGUGCACAUAUUAGAAUAGGCUACUGUCCGCAGACGAUUGCCCUCUUGGAUGGGUUAACAGGCAGAGACACCUUACUGUUGUUUGGGCGGCUGAGAGGAAUACCUAACACGUUUUUAAAUGCUGUCACCCAGAAUCUUAUCGACGAGUUCAGAAUACUAAACCCGGACAGGACAUGUACAGGAUACAGCUUCAGCAAUAGGAAAAAACUCAGCAUCGCCGCCUCCCUCAUCGGGGCUCCUCAUAUUGUAGUUUUAGAUGAGCCAACUUUUGACCUGGAUUACCUAGAUAAGAAAAUAGUUUGGCAGUUUUUAUCUGAUGUUCAAAACGAUCACCGAACUGUUGUUGUGGCUACUUCAAGUGCCGAUGAAUGUGAAAUUGUCUGUGGCAAGAGUUCUAAUAUGACAAUACUGAACGACGGAAAACUGGCAUGUCUCUCUUCCCCAUCGGUGCUCAUGAAAAAUUACGGAUCAGGAUAUACAGUUACUGUUCGAUUCAGAACUGACGAUGACGGAAAAUUAAUAUCCCAGAUGCCUUUUUUAAAUUCUGCUGUCGAAGUAUUUACGGAUAUCGAGAUUAUCUCAGACAAGGACGUGUGCCGCCUUCAUUUAUUAAAUAACAAGCUCAAUCUUGGGAAACUGUUUGCCUUGUUGGAAGAUGGUAUCAGCUAUUAUAAUGUCGCCGAUUAUUCUGUACAGAAGACUUCCCUUGCGCACAUCUUGUAUUCAAUGUCAAUAUGCCCUGAAGAAGAGUACAUUGAAAUACCCCCAGGAAUUUCAUCUUCAUUCGACGUAUGGCCACCGCAAGCUUCUAAUCAACGGUUUGAAUCAUCUGUGAAUUAG